AUGGUACCCCAAGAGAAGAACGCUCGAGGCCCCAACGAACACAUAUCGGCCGUCGACGCAGACUUCCUGGUAGGCUUCACCGAUGAGCAACGCAAGCGAGUACUGCGUAAGGUCGACUGGAGGCUUGUCCCGAUGCUUCUGAUCCUGUAUCUCAUCUCGUUCAUCGACCGAGCCAACAUCGGCAAUGCAAAGAUCGAAGGCCUACUACCAAGUCUCAAUAUGACAGGCACACAGUAUAACAUUGCACUAGCAAUAUUCUUCAUCCCGUACACUCUCGCUGAGAUCCCCAGCAACAUGAUCCUCGACAAGUUCAAUCGUCCCUCCGUUUUCAUGGGCACCAUUGUCUUCGUCUGGGGCGUGGUGGUAAUGUGCACUGGCUUUGUUCAAAACUUUGCCGGGCUAUGUGUGACAAGAGUGUUCUUGGGUCUUUUUGAAGCAGGAUUCUUCCCAGGCGCAAUCCUCACUAUCAGCAAGUGGUAUCUCCCUCACGAGAGUCAGACCAGAAUUGCCAUAUUCUUCACCGCUAGCGCGCUAGCUGGUGCUUUCUCCGGGUUGCUUGCGUACGGUAUCGUGAGAAUGGACGGUGUCGCAGGGCUGGAAGGGUGGAGAUGGAUCUUCAUCCUCGAGGGCCUGGCUUCGGCGAUCGCUGGUCUGGCUUGCUUCUGGCUUUUGAUCGAUACGCCGGCGCUCUCAACCAGCUGGCUUACUCCAGACGAGAUCCGAUAUCUCGAGCUGAGACAAGUAGCGGUUGGCAGGGUCAAGCCUGUAGGACACGAGGAGAAGCAUUUCGACAUGCGAGUCUUCCUGACUGUGCUGAAAGAUUGGAAGAUAUAUCUCCUCAUAAUCGCCUUCUGGUCCAACGUUACGCCGAACUACGGCCUCAAGUUCACCAUGCCUCAGAUCAUGAAAAACAUGGGCUACUCUAGCGCUAAUGCUCAGCUGCUCACCAUUCCGGCAUACACAGUUGGUGCCAUAUCAGCAUACAGCUUCUCCGUGGUUUCAGAUCGAUUCAAGUGGCGCAUGCCAACAAUCGUGAUACCACAGAUCGCUGUAGUCGUUGCCUAUGCAAUCUUGUUUGCAAAAGCUGCUGAUAUCAGAGACAACAUUGCAGUGUGCUACUUCGCCGUCUGUCUCGCUUGCUUUGGAUUAUAUCCAAUUGGUCCUGGUGUUCAAGCAUGGAACAUGAACAACCUUGCCGGUCCUUCAAAGCGAGCAAUGGGGAUCGGCUUUCUCACUGGUGUGGGCAACAUGGGAGGCAUCACCGGAAGUUUCAUUUUCAUCGAGAAAGAAGCACCAAAAUAUCCCAGUGGUUUUGGAAGCUCAUUGGCGUUUGCCGCGGCUGGCAUUGUGGCUUGUCUUGUGCUUGAAUAUCUUCUCUGGAGAAGCAACGGCGAGAAUGAGAAGUUCUCGGAGGACGAGGUCAGAGAAAGAUACUCCGACGAAGAAUUGGAUAAGAUGGGUGACAAGAGCCCGCUGUUCAAAUACACAUUGUAG